AAAUGUCGCUCCGAGUACGAUAUUGACCUCAACUUGAUCUAUGGUACCUACUCUGACAAGUGCAAUGAAACAGCGGCACUGGGCAAUGCUAUGGACGUGGAGAGCAUCACUAAAAUUGUCGCCCUCAUUGGACCUGCUUGCAGUGAUGAUGUUCAAAUUGUCGGUCGACUGGCUGCCUACCGAGGUAUUCCCCUGCUCACCGGUCUGGGCGAUGUCAUCGUCAAUAAACGCAAUGAAUACACAACUUUAAUUCGCACUAGCUACGAUUUAAGGGACAAGGCCAAGGCUAUAUUGGCAUUCCUGGCUCAUCACAACUGGUUUCAUUUUGGCCUCCUCUUUCGCUACCAGGACAUCUACUAUUCGACGCUGUCCGAUGAACUGAUGAAGCUGCUGAAGAAUCGCCCGGAGUACUCUGACUUUGUUUGCACAUGUAAAGAGUCGUACACUCGUGAUUCAAACCGACAGCUAAACGAAGACCAAAUAAACCAAGUUAUGACCAAAAUGAAGUACUUCGCUCGAAUUGUUGUUAUAAUCGGCGGGGAGAAGGAUGUUCGAACCAUGUUGCUCACUGCCUUUUCUCUGAACAUGACUUCGGGUGCCUAUGCUUUCAUUUAUCCUGAACUUAUUGAGAAGGAAGCUAUUGGAAACACUUCUUGGGCUGGUGGAUCAGAAUCGGUGGCUGUUAAAGAGAAACUGAAAACGGCCUAUCAAAGUUUGCUGAUUGUCUCUUUAAAUCAACCACCAAGUGCUGACUACAAAAACUUUAGUGAAAAAGUGAAAGAACUAGCUCAAAGCGAGUACAAUUUCACGUACAACGAACAAGUGGCCACAGAAACGACUUCGCUUAGAUCUUUGAAAGAAACCUUGACCACUGGAUUUUACAAGGGCAAUCAAGUUGUGGUCAAGAAAUUACGUACCAAUAAACUUGAUAUUACCAAAGACUUGCUUAUUGAACUCAAAGUCAUGCGUGAAACUUCUCAUGACAAUUUAACCCGUUUCAUUGGCAUUUGCACUGAAAACUGUAUUGCAAUAGUGACCGAGUACUGCGCUAAAGGCUCUCUGAAAGAACUGUUGGCCAACACAUCACUGAACCUGGAUUGUUUUGGCAUCAUUCUUCAGGAAGUUAUUCUUCGACGAGAACCAUUUUACCCUUAUACGAAUAGAAUGGAAUUGCUGGACAUUGUGAAGCUAAUCAAGUUUGAGCAUUUACGACCAGCAGUCUCUGCCGACGCGUGUAUUGCUGAGCUGCACAACCUCAUGGUCAAAUGUUGGUCGCCUAAUCCUGAUGAUCGCAUUGAUUUUUCUUUGAUGAAGUACGAUAUGAAAAGUAUAAUGAAAAGUCUCGGCUUGAACAGCAGCCUUUCCGCCAACUCUACACUGACAGAAAAUUUACUCAUUCGAAUGGAGCAGUAUGCUUGCGACCUGGAAAUGAUUGUCAAGCAGCGCACCAACGAGUUGGCUGAAGAAAAGAAGAAAACCGAAGAACUGCUCUACCAAAUACUGCCCAAGCCGGUUGCUGAUCAGUUAAAGAGAGGAAAGAUGUUUGAGCCCAACUUUUAUGACAGUGUCACAAUCAUGUUUGGCGAUAUUGUCGGCUUUACGCAUCUUUGCUCGAAAAGCACACCUAUGCAAGUGGUAGAUUUUCUCAAUGAUCUUUACACGUUCUUUGAUUCUAUUAUUUCUGACUUUGACGUCUACAAAGUCGAAACGAUUGGCGACAGUUACAUGGUAGUGAGUGGCCUGCCUGAACGGAACGGCAUUGAGCAUGCCCGUCAGAUUUGUCGUAUGGCACUAAAAAUGCUGGAACUUCUGCCCAAUUUUCGAAUCAAACACCAGCCAGAUGAAAAGUUAAAGCUGAGAAUAGGAAUUAACACUGGACCGACAUGUGCUGGCUGUGUGGGAAACAUUCGGCCGCGAUUUUGUCUUUUCGGUGAUGCAGUCAACACCGCUUCUCGAAUGGAAAGCAAUGGAGAACCACUUAAAAUUCACGUCAGCUCAUCGACCAAAUCAGUGCUUGACUUAUUUGGCACCUUUAUAUUGGAACCUAGGGGAGAAGUUUCAAUUAAAGGAAAAGGGACCAUGCUUACAUUUUGGCUUCUUGGAGAAAAGUAA